UUAGAGAGUAGUAUGCACCAUCGGAGUAGCCAGGUACAGAGUCGCGCUCAUAAAUGUCGUGGUCGAGCCCCAACCAUCGUCACGUAGCAUUCGCGCAGUAAAGACAUGUCAAGAUGCUGAGCCCAGCCACUGUCGUCGUUGCCAUUGUGGCCAUAGUGGGCCCCCUUAUCUACUCUUCUUUUUUCUCCGACAGCUUAGCCGCCAAGAAGCGACGGUUGGCGCAUAUUCCGGAGCUCAAGUUCGAAGAGAAUAAUACUCCUGAACGAUAUAGAAGUGAAACGCGCUCUCUUUUGAGACAGGGAUACGAGAAAUAUCUUCAAUAUGGCGUUCCGUUCCAGUUUGCAAACCCGGUUGCCGAGUUGGGCAACCAGGUCAUCCUCCCUGUAAAGUAUCUGGAAGAAGUAAAACGCGCUCCUAGGUCCUUGUACAGUUUCGAGACCUUUUCAGAAAAGCUGUUCCUUCUAAACUACUUCAACUCGCCUCGCCAGACCGACGCUGUUACAUACGCUACCAGACUCGACAUCAACAGGAACUUAGAUAAUGUGAUAAAUGGACUCUGGGAUGAGGCCGAUCAAAUACUCAAGGAGAUUGCCCCUGGAAAUGAAUCGAAGGCAGUUGCCGGAGGCGAGCUCACCUGCUCAAUUGUUUCGCGCAUGAUGUCGUAUGUGCUCGUAGGCGCUGAGCUCUGCCGGAACCCUAAGUGGCAAAAAAUCGCGAUAGAAGCAACCUUUGCAAUCGUCGAGGCUUCCUUGGGCCUUCGGAGUAAAUACUCACCGAACUGGCGAUGGUUAGCUAAAUAUCAAAACACUACGGCGCAAAAGCUGAACGAUAUUCGAAAAGAGGCUACAGAUCUGAUUAGGCCAUUGUAUGACGCAAGACAACAAUCUCUUAGUCAAAAUGACAGCCGAAGCUUCUACGAUACCAUUUUCUGGAUAUUGACGAAAAGAAAGGCCGAUAAGACACUAAAGGGCAUUGUCGACCAACAACUAUUCUUGACUUUGACAUCCAUACACACAACGGCUGGCACGUUGCAAUCCAUCUUGUUCGACUGGCUCGACCAUCCCGAGUAUCAUGCCGAGAUUACCGCGGAAAUCAAUGAGACUCUGGCUGAGGUUAAGGCUUCCGGCGGCAAGUGGACACUACAAAAAGUUGCGGCGAUGAAAAAGUUGGAUAGUUUCAUGAAGGAGAGCACCCGGGUGAACCCCGUCGGCUUCAUGACGGUUCAGCGCUAUGCACAGAAGUCUCAUGUCUUCCAAGACGGAUUUGUCCUGCCGGCUGGGACCGUAUUUCACUUCGCCAUGGAUGCCGUCCACCACGACCCCAACAUUUAUCCUCAACCGGAGAAGUUCGACGCCUUCCGGUUCUAUGACUUGCGCGAGAAGAUCGACCCGAAUCAAUUUCAUUAUGGAUACGUUUCGGACGUAACUCUAAACUGGGGUGCUGGCACCCAUGCCUGCCCGGGACGUUUCCUGGCGGCUUUGGUUCUGAAAUUUGCGCUCAUCCAGAUGAUCACUGGUUACGAUAUGAAAUAUGCGGACGGUCGUCCUGAGAAGCGUCCAGAGUAUUGCAUCGAUAACUCGAGGAGAGAGGAUCCUAUGCUGAAGGUGGAACUAAAAGCCCGAUAGUUGAAGGACUUGUAAAUAGCUGCAUGCCUAAGGGAAUUGGAGCAAUGGUCAAAGGAAAAAUCGAAGUAAAGUCUGUUCAUCUGGUUGCUGCGAGUAUGGUGAUGUGCAUCCAGUGUGUUAUUCUUGAGAGGUUCUACCUCUUGCACGCCCUUAUAAUACGUCGUCCGUCGGCCCGCUUUGGUCAGAUACCAGACAUACCCAAGACAGUCUCAGUCAUAUUGAAGAUAAAGCUAUUCAGCCCUCGUUGAUUCGAGACAUGAUUGCGACCUCGGAGUUCAGAGACCGGUUCAACUGUGUAGAGUUGAGAUCAAUUCACCAAGCUCAUAAGGAAGCGAUCCGAAUGGACCAUACGACCUUGGCAGCCAUAGCUUAUUAUUGGCUAUAGCUUCACUUUAGCAAUGUCA